AUGCUUCCUCGCUAUGCUUCCUCUCUAUGCUUCCCCCAUGUGCUUGCUUUUCAUGCUCACUCGCUUCAUCAUCGCCAGCAAAGCACGCAGUCCACUUCAGCGAAGCAUGCUUCGCCCAUCUAUAUUAACGGAACGCCUUCUCCCUCUUUGCUUUUAUCCUCGAAGGUGCUUCCUCCUGUUACCGCCAGUCCAGCUGCACUGCACAUCCUACAAUGCAUCCUUUCUUCAAGAGAAGCAAGAGUGCAACACCACCAGAGAGCCGACGACAUGGUUUUGACACGACCACACACGACUCCAUACCAGUCUGGCUUCACCCAGCGCAGCUUAUCCACCCCGGAAGGCGUAAAUCUCUUCUCCAAGGAGGCAGGCAAGCAGGAAGUCGGGGAGAAAGAUCAGCACCGAAGCAGCGUGGAGGAAGAUUGGCAGGAUUACAUUCCAAACCUCAAGAAGGCCAGCAGUGCCUCCUCUGAGGAGAGUGAUGAGAUCAGCAGGAAGAAGAAAAGCAUCGAGGACAGAUGGAAGAGUGGCCAGGAUGAGAACUACAACAAGAGACAUCUUGACCAAGAGCUCGAUGCCGCCCUGAAGUUGGAGAAGGAACGGGAAACCCGACCAGAUCAGCCAGGCACAGGCUCCUCCUUUUUCACUGCGCUCGUCACCAAGAGCCAUCUUGACCAAGAGCGCGAGUCACUGCAAAGCAUGCCCCGAUCAGAUCAGCUAGGCAGUUCCUUUCUCGCCGCGCUCGACACCAAGAGACAUCUUGACCAAGAGCGCGAGUCAAUGGAAAGCAAGCCCCGAUCAGAUCAGCCGCAGACCUCCCUUUUCACCGCUGUCGACACCAAGAGACAUUUUGGCCAAGAGCUCGAGGCGACCUCCGAGAUGGAAAGCCUAUCCCGAGCAGAUCAGCUUGCCACCUCCCUUUUCACUGCGUUUGACACCAAACAUGAACCAGAGAAGCAGCUCCGGCGUCGUGUGCCUCGGAUAUCCGCUCCUGGCCCAUUGCACGAAGCUGAUUUGGCACCCGAGGACAUGAAUCAACGAGCAGAAGCUUGUCUUUCUCGUGGAGAAUCUAGAUUUCUUCCUACUCCACUGCGGGAAGCUGCGGACAUCGAUCAACAACCAGAAUCACCUUUUCCUCGUGGACAUCCCAGAUUUCUUUCAGCCCCGUUGCAGGUGGCCGAUUUGGCUCCCGAAGACAUCAGCAAACCACUGGAAACACGUCUUUCUCAUGGAAAAUCCAGAUUCCUUCCUAGCCCAUUGCAGGAAGCUGAGAUCAUCAAUCAACAAUCAGAAUCACGUCCUUCUCGUGGAAAGUCGAAAGCUCAUUCGGCAGCCUAUCAACGAUCAAAGCGUGCGGCUGAAGAUUCCUUCCCCGCCGAUGGUGACGAUGACAACAAGCCUGCCAAGGACAGCGGACCCAUCUCCCUCGCCAUCAACAUCGCUGUCACCUGUCUCUAUCACUUCUUCCUCUCAGACACUACGCUCCUAGAGCCCUUUAUCAUCCAUCACGCGCUCCCCGCAACAACAUGGUUCAUUUUCAGCUACCUGCUCCCAUUCAUCCUACACUCCACCAUCCUCCCAAUUAUCCUCCAAACACCACAAUGCUCUACACCGCAUGAGAUCCAGCAAUCAUCAACACCUCACCGCUCCCUGCACCACCCAUCCAUACUCAUCCCCCUCGAAAAAACCUGGUCUUACUCUCCAAACUUCCAAUCCCUCCACCUCGCCGACUCGCACGAAUCCUUUCUCGACCUUUCGGCUAUCUGUCCACUCCCCACCGCAACACCACACACAGUGGCAGCACCUAUCACACCGAACACUGCAUGGCUGAUGAGUUCUGAAUCUCGUUCUGGGCGACGAGAGCGUUUUGGUAAGAAGAAUGGAGUUUUCGUGACAAUGCCGAUUGUGAUGGGGAAUGGACGUGGGAGGAUGAGAAAGGAGAGUGCAGUGGGGUUUUUGAUUGCGAUUUACAAGGAUCGCAAUGCGAGUGGAGAGGGAUUGAGAGGUUGGAUUUAUAAGAUGAACAUGAGAAUAUGGGAUUUAUGGGAUGCUGGAACACCGAGUCUACUCGGAACUGAAGGAAGAAGUCUGCAGACCCUAAAUAAGAUCCUUCUAUCUGCAAAUGAGAAGGAGUGGGAUGGGAUGGGAUGGCAUCUGUACCGAGUUCACUUGUUGCCAAUAGUCGAUCUUGAUACUGCUUCGAUACCUCGAUUUGAGAUGGAAGCGGGAAUCGGCAAGGAAGCAAAGACCAGCGAGUGGAUGGUCGAUGGUAACCGGAGAAUGCUCGUUCUGGCAGAGAGAGGGAGAGAGCGAUUCUUCUGGUAUGGUAUGUAA